AUGGUGAAAGACAUGAGGAGCAAUAUGAGCCUGUUUGUUGCAGGGUUGGGUCGUGCUUCAAGCACGGAAGGUAGGGCUACCAUAUUUAUAGGUUACAUGGAUAUAUACAGGCUGAUGGUAUAUGUUCAACAAGUUGAAGAAGAGAAAAUGAAGUAUAGAGAAGAGUACAGAAAUAAGAAGGAAAAGACUGGGAAUGAGUGUGGCCAUCAGAAAGCCCAAUCUCAAGGUAGUAUGGCACAAAGGGGUAGUGGGAGUUCUCUGUGUGGUAAAUGUGGUAGAAUCUACCCUAGAAAGUUUCUUGAUGGCCAUACAGGUUGUUUUAAGUGUGGUCAAGAGAGUCACUUCAUAAGAGAAUGUCCUAAUAAUAAGCAAGGUGGUGAAAAUUCAUGCAACAGAGCUCAAUCUUCAUCAGUUGCUCCACCAAACAAGGUUGCACCAGAGGAGCUACUUCUGGUUCCGGAGGACGCGGAAAUUGCUUCUAUGCUAUCACUAGACGCCAGGAGCAAGAGAACUCUCUAG